GGAGACCGCUCAGGAAAGAGGAGACUAUGAAAAAGCGCAGCCGCUCCAUUCCACCACAUGGUUCUCAGACUGCUCAGACGAGCUGCGCAGACGGCCAGAUCCGCCUAACAGAGCCGCACCGCUGUCCGGAUCAAGGUGUUUUCGGCGUCGCAGGGCGGGUUUUCAGUCGCACCGGCAGUUGAAAGUUAAUGAAACUGCCAUCGGGGAUCGAGUCUCUUUCUUCUUCUCUUCUUUUUUCACGCGAUAGGCGCGCUGGGAACUGAACCGCCAGCCCGCUACCUGACUCGAGACAACUGAACAGAGAGACGGCAGACUUGGAGGGAACUUUUCGAGCCCGCGUCCACACGGCGACCCAACUCAUCGGCUCAGACGAGGAAGGACUUACGUUGUCGACAGAUGCGCGCCUGAACUUGGUCGCAAAUUCAAAGCUGUGACGCAAAGAACCGCAGACUGUUUUUUGAGGCGGCGGCGUGGGGGGGGGGGAAGUAAGCGAGACGAGGGGGGAAACGAUGGUGCAGCACAUGAGCCACACGGACGGCGCGCACGCUCAUUCACCUGGCGGGGACUCAACAGACACCGGCGAGAUGGACCUGGAGAUGGACGCGUCCACGACCCCCGGGUCCCCUUCGGCCGGGGAGCGGAGCGACGUAGCGUGGUGUAAAACUCCAACGGGACACAUAAAGAGACCCAUGAACGCCUUUAUGGUCUGGUCCCAGAUCGAGAGGAGGAAGAUCAUGGAGCAGUCGCCGGACAUGCACAACGCCGAGAUCUCCAAGCGGCUGGGCAAGCGCUGGAAACUGCUCAAAGACACGGACAAGAUCCCCUUCAUCCGCGAGGCGGAGCGGCUCAGACUCAAACACAUGGCCGACUACCCCGACUACAAGUACCGGCCCAGGAAGAAGGCCAAGUCGGUAAGCGGAGCGGCCAAGUCGGACCGCGGGGAGAAGAGCGGCGAGCGCAGCUCCAAGACCGCCAUGAAAAGGAGCCCCGUGUCGAAAGGGGUGAGCAGGUCCAACAAGCAAGGGGGCAUCAAGUCCAGCCCUCAAGGCCAGGACUACACAUCUCCCCCCGAUCACCAUACGCUCUUCAAAUCCAGGUCGGUGUCAGCGGCCAGGCAGAUACCGGAGAAGCAGACGAGGCGUGGCCACAUGUUUGGCGGGGCCGGCAGCCUGGAGAGCGGGCCUCCCUCCGUGGGAGUCCCAGCGAGUCCCACCCUCAGCUCCUCGGCGGAGUCCAGUGACCCGCUGAGCCUCUAUGAGGAGCAGAGCCCUGCGGCCGGGGAUUCGUCAUCGGCCGCCGCGCGCCUCCGGUACGCGCGCGCCUCCUCCCCGACUCCGUCGGCCUCCCACUCAUCCUCCGUCUCCUCGUCGGACGAGGAGCUCGAAGACGAGCGGCUCGACCUGAACCCGAGCCCCGGGUUCGAGAGCAUGUCCCUGGGUAGCAUGGGCUUCUCCGACGCGGAGCUGGACCGGGACUUGGACUGGAGCUUCGGGGAGUGCGGGGCGGGAUCUCACUUUGACUUCCCCGACUACUGCACCCCCGAGGUCAGCGAGAUGAUCUCAGGAGACUGGCUGGAGUCCACCAUCUCCAACCUGGUAUUUACAUACUGAGGGGGGGACGGCGAUGGAGAAAGGAGCCACGUCCCACGUUUGACAAUAAUAACACCCCCGGCAGGCGAAGUACGUGCGAGACCAGAGUCUUUCCGCCAUUCUUUCACUUGAACAAGGGAGAGUGAGACGAGGAAGAAGAAAAAAGGUGGCCAUCCGUGCACGUUGAGCCCGGCGGUGCGCAGUUUAACUGCUGACAGACUUGGACCUGCACUUGGCGCGUCUGCGGAGCGCGGCGCGCAGGGCGCACAGAUGGGGAAAUGCUUAGCUUGCAUUUGGACACGGAGAACCAGUGAAUGUAGGCAGACACGCCUGUGCGAGCAGCGAAACCACGCGGACUUUAAGUGAAAUACUCGUCCCGACCCGUAGAGGAUUUGUCUGUACUCUCGCGGAGGACUGAACCUGAACAUUUUAAUAUUUAUGUUGUUUGGUAGACAAAAAGGGGGCAAUCGGAGAGCUCGCCAGUUUCGGGGGGGGGGGUAUACCUUUUGUCUUGAGAUAUAGCCAAUUCACGUUGACCAUCAAGUUGGUAUUCAGGUGUAGUUUUUUUUUUUCAAACUCGAGAUAAUUUCGAUAUCAACACGCAUGCGCUCCCGUAAGGAGGUUUCUCUUUUUUUUUUUGGUUGUUGUAAUAUGCGUAAAGUGUUCAUUGCUGCGUAAUUACGCAAUGUGUGUGACCAUAGAACACAGUUUCACUAUCACCAGCUUCUCUUUCAACGGCAGGACUAAUAAAAAAAAAAAAGAGACUGAUCCAGAACCUUCAGAAUCCACUUCUGAACCCUUUUUACACUCAGUGCACAAUUCAGGACCAAGGCUCCCGACGCGCAUUCUCUCUGCCUAGUGCUUCUACUUUGUAGUUCCUCUGUGUCAGAUGACGGUUUUUGGUUUUUUUUAUAUCGAUGUAUUUAUACCGGCCAAACUUUUUUUAUACUUCGAAGGUAUUGUUCUUGUACAGGUCUCGUUUGUGUGCGUGCGUGCGUGCGUGUGUGCGUGCGUGUGUGUGUGUGUGUGUGCACAUAACACCUAUCUGUAUCCAGCGCGGAAGGGCUCGAAGUGUAUCUUAUUUAAAUGUCGACUUCUCUCACUUUUUAAAGGAGACGUGAGUGUGUCAUGAUUUUCUACUCGUAUUUUUGUACAAAAUCUAUA